AUGUCCCUUCGAACAGACAUCAGACGCAGUGGUCGCGCGACUAAGGGCCAGCACACGAAACUUGAGUCUGCCGAAGUAGCAACACCCAAGAACAAGAAAGGCACAGCCACCGCCUCGACCAAGAAGAGCACCAGCAAGAAGUCAGCUGAACCUGAACCCGAACCCGAACUCGACGACGAGGAAGCGGCCGAUGAAGUCAUUCGCUGCGUCUGCGGAGACACCAAGGACGACGAGGUCGGUCGCCAAUACGUCAGUUGCGACACUUGCGAAGUCUGGCAGCACAAUGUCUGCAUGGGCGUGCCGCUGGAGGAGGAGAAGCAGCCUGAACACUACUUCUGCGAGCUGUGCGAGCCCAACGACCACAAGGAUCUGCUGGAGGCCCAGGCGCGCGGAGAGCAGCUGUGGCAGACUCGCAUAGCCGACCACGAGGCUGAGAAGAGACGAAAGCGCAACGAGAAGAAGCGCCCCAAGAGUCGUCAACAGAAGGCUGCUCGCCAGAGCGAAGUCAAGUCCGAGGCUCCGGCUAGCGAGCAAGCCAGCCCUGCGCCUACUGCCUCUGCAUCCAUCCCACCCCCUUCGCAAGACUCGGCUCCUGCUGCUGGCAGCAAGCGCAAGUUCGAAGAAGAGCCAGCUCAGCAAGAGCCGACACAGGCGCCGGAGACACAGGCCGAAGAGACCAGAAGAUCAUCCUCAGCAGCUACCCAGCCUAAGCGUCGCAAGUCGGAGCAAAAGAAGGAAGACAAGGUUGAUACCGAUACAGCGCUUGUAGAAGUCAAGGAUCUGCCCAAGGAGAGACAGGUUCCUGCUCAGGCACUCGUCAAGGUUUUCGGUGAUGUCGUUCGUGAAAGAAUCACAACUGGUUCUUACAGCCUCGGACCUGGCGAAAACGCCGAAGCCGUCAGCCAUUACCACGCCUCACGCAUCGAAUACGAAUUGUUCCAGACCUAUGGCAGCCCGCCUGUCUCGCAGGGCUACAGUCAGCAAUUCAGAGCCAUCCAUGCCAACAUGAAGAAGAAUCCUAUGCUUGUUCAACGCAUGCUCGACAAUUCUCUGACUGCACACGGUCUCGCAACCAUGGCUACCCAAGACAUGGCCAGCGAGGAAUUGCAGAAGCAGCGUCAACAGCUCAAGGAAGAGGCCGACAAACAGGCCGUCAUGAUGCGUGACGAUGAAGACGACAAGCCGCGUGUUCGCCGCACCCACAAAGGCGAUGAGUACAUUGACGACCAAGCCGAGAGCUCGCAUGUAUCAGUCUUCACCUCAGCACCUGUUCGCAGCAGAGAAGACCAAGACAAGCCACCCACACCUGAUGCCGAUGCUCCUGCCACUGCUGGUGCCGCUGCAUCACCUGACGCUAUGGAUAUCGACCGCCGCGAGUCAAACUUCGACAUCAACUCUGUCUGGGCAAAGACGCCCGCCGACCAACAAGCUCAACCCACUCGCAGACGUAGCUCGUUUGCCAAGACACAGACACCUCAAGAGAAGGGCGAGAAACACGACGCCGAUGUUGACCGCAUGCUAGCUGACGACAACGAGACCGAUUAUGCUCCACCUGAAGCCAACGGCGUCGUCUGGAAGGGCCAACUCGUCCAGCCCGGUGUCACCGAGUUCACUGCAUGUGCUCGUCAUGCCGCCGGCAACGACUUCGGCCAAUUCAUGCCCUGGACCGAACUCCUGCCCUCUGUUCUCGAGAUCGAAGGUCGUUUGGAGGCCAAGCGCGCCGAUGACUACCUGUGUGGUUUGCAGUGGAGUAAGAAGAGUGAUGUUUCGGUUCUUGCACUGACACCUUACGACAACCGCGCCGCUUUCGACCAGAUCUUCGAUUACUUCGCUACUCGUGGUCGUUACGCAGUUAUCAGCAAGGCCCGCGGUAUGUCUUCGAUCGUCAAGGACGUUUACAUCACUCCUGUCGGUCCAGGUCAUAACCUGCCUCCUCACAUAAACCUACUCGAGUUGAACAAUCUCGAUACCAAUGUACCCGAGCGUAUGCUUGUUGUCACCUUUGUCGUCAACAAGCCCGAUCAUUGGGACAACCCUGUCGUACCCGAUGCUCCCCAGCCAAUCGAUGCCAGCCCUGCCAAUGGCAACGGACACGGUCCUCAAUUCUCACCUCGUCCGCCUCAAGGAUUCACUCCCAUGCAGAACGGCCAUGCCCACCAGCAGCAGUUUGGUGUUGCUCCCACGCCUCCCAAUCCUUAUACCACCCAGUCACCUGUAUCUGGUCAAGCAUACUCUGCUCCUAACUCUGGAGCUGGAGCAUACCCCUCGCCUUCACCACAACUACCACCCCACCCAAAUCCGAUGGUUCAUGCCAUCUUAGGCGCUCUAGCCCACACACCAGUGGUUGCUCAGAUUCUUUCUGCUGCUGGUAACCACGUUGAGGAGCACGUUCUGCUUAACAUGCGCGACAUCCUUGCAUCUGAACCUGCCGCGCGUGAUGACUUGAACAUCUUCUCUCAACGUCUAGCAAACGUGGGAUCGCAGGGUCAACAGGGAUAG